UCAAGUCCAACACGUGUACAGACGUACUGCGUCAUGACGUCAUGUACGCCAGGGGUUGUGGUGGUCUCUCACGUAUUCCCUAAACAACAACCACGACCUUCGAAGUCGCCGGGCCGGGUUGUGAAUGAAUGCAAAUCGGAGACCGGUUUCAGCAUGUCACAUUUUGUCAUGAGUGGCUUGUGCCGUAUUUCCGCGAGAGGACUGUUUGCCGGCGCGUCGUCAUGUUUAUCAGUGAAGGGACUUCGGGUUUUUUGCAGCGGAGUCUCGAGACUGGACCGACUCGGUAGUGACAGCGCGCACGUUCUCAGCCCUGUCAACUUGACAUACGAUGUGUUUGAUGGGACGUGUGAUGGCACACCAUUGGUGUUUCUUCACGGAUUAUUUGGGAGCAAGUCCAACUUUUACUCCAUAGCCAAGUCCCUUGUACAGCGGACGGGCAGAAAGGUGCUGACAGUAGAUGCUCGUAACCAUGGCAAAAGCCCACACAGUCCCGUCUUGAACUAUGAAACGAUGACCUACGAUCUUACACAUCUGCUCGCACAGUUGCAUAUCGGAAAGUGUGUACUAAUCGGACACAGCAUGGGGGGCAAAGUUGCAAUGACGACGGCUUUGUCACAGCCUAGUUUAGUGGAACGUCUGGUUGUUGUGGACAUCAGCCCAGCUCAGACUACAGCCCACACAAAUUUCAAUGCCUACAUUCAGGCAAUGAAAGAAGUGAAGAUAGCCAGUGAUAUUCCUCGUUCUACAGCGCAUAGACUGGCCGAAGACCAACUCCGAAAGCUGGUUAAGGAUCGUUCGGUGCGUCAGUUUCUUCUCACUAACCUGGAGGCUCAAAAUGGUGAAUAUGGCUGGAGAAUUAACCUAGAUGCUAUCUCAAACCACUUAGAGGACCUCAUGGGUUUUCCUGAAUUUAACAACACCUUUGAGGGCCCCACACUUUUCUUAGGUGGCAGUAGUUCUGCUUAUAUAAGCUCUGACAGUUACCCUGAAAUCGAGCGGCUUUUUCCCUGUGCAGAUAUCCAGUAUAUCCCGGAUGCCAGUCACUGGAUUCAUGCUGAUAAGCCUUUGGAUUUUAUCAGCUCCAUAAUAACUUUCUUACAAUCCUAGUCCUCGUGCCUGACACGGGACAUGUACUGGUGGGCCCAAUAAUAAAUGGACCAUCCAUAAUGUAAGGAUGUGGAUCGAACUGACUUUUAUUCAGUUAAGGUCUAGUCCCUUUUCCUUAUAAUGCACAAUAGGACAGUUAUAGUGUUGUGGACAGUUGCGUGUUUUCAUUUGUCAUGUUGUAUAUUGCACUGUGGCUUAACAUGGUACACUGAGCACAGUUUCGUAGAGGAUCUCUAGAAAUUGCAGACAUCGGUUCACUAGGUUUGUUUGCAUACUGUAAAAUGGGAGAUCCAAUGGAAAUCACGGUUGGGCAUAAUUAGAUAUUAUUUCCUGUUUCUUUUUAAUGUUUUAUUUUUUUAACAUUUUAUUUAUUAUGUUUGUUUCACCAGCAUGUUGUGACAUGGACAUCAUUUGUCUGUGCUCUAAUAAGAUGUCUAUGCAACAGUGUGCGACUUAAACUGUUUCCAGUGCAGUGUCAUCUAUAGAUACAUUAAGACUACUACACUUGAUGUACAUUUUAAGCAGUGUCAUAAUAUUGUUGUUUUUAAAUAGUUUUUCUGGAAACAGACAUUGUUUGUAGGAUGUUUUAAAUGACUAGUGUUAUUUAAUAAUGUAGUGCACUCUCAGUUAAGCUUACUUAUAUGUUAAUAUAUUUGUGCUGUGUUAUUUGUUUAAGUGAAUGUUUGUAUCGCUUCAUAGACAAAGAUGCUGAUUUACUAGAAUGCAGUUCUUAAACUCUAUCUUUUUUUUUAAGCAAAGCUCAACUUUACUGCUUCUGUGUUUUAAUCAAAAAUGUUAUAUUUAAUGAAUAAAUGGACAAAUGACAUGCGCAUAGGUAGCCUACAUGUGAUCAAAUAUCUAUAUUGCUUACUGAACUGAAUACAACAUUUGUGACUCAUUGUUAUAUAUAUGUUAUAUAUAUUGUGUGAUACAGAGAGUGCCUACCUCUGCACGCUGUUUUCAUCCAGCCGUAGCUCUAUGUAUGGCUAUUAUAGUACCAAAGCAGGGUUGUAUUGACCAGUGAUGUGCUGCCAUUAUGUGUUGCAUAAACUGAGGUCUUACAUGUAUGAUGGUCCAAAUGUUGACUUUUGGCAGUCCUCAGAGCUGCGCUCUUAUAACGGGAUGUUUUUGUGGAAUGUGAAAUGCUGAUUAUUUUGUAUAUCUAUAUCCUGGUUAUAUAUACAGUAAAUAUAUAUUCUAUUAUA